UUCUUAUUUCACAGAUAGAUAAAUAAAUAGGAGAGAGAAGCCGGUUGGCAUGUAAGAGGUUUUCUCGCUCUAGGGAGAUUCUUCAAGCAAUCACUAUGUCAACAGACACAGAUGUUUCCUUUUCUUCAUACGAUGAAGAUCAGGGAUCCAAACUUACUCAAAAAGCUAAAGAGGCACAAUUCACCCCCAUUGGAAUGGUAGGUUUUGUGGCAAUUGUUGCAUAUGGAUUACACAAAUUGAAGAGCAGGGGAAAUACUAAAAUGUUCCAUCAUCUGAUCCACAUGCGUGUGGAAGCCCAAGGCUUUGUUGUAGGAGCAAUGGCUGUUGUUGGUAUGGGCUAUUCCAUGUAUCGGGAAUUCUAAGCAAAACCUGAGCCUUAGAAGAAGAGAUGCUGUCUUGAUCAUGUUGGAGGAGCUUGCU